AAGGAAGCACGACUCGCUUAUCGCGUCAUUCUGGGUUUAGGCGUUGAGCAGGAAACAGCCUUUCCUCUCGGAUUGUCGCAGUCGGAACAAACACACAAUUUUGUCUUUGCUCAAUGCACCCCUCGGCACAGAACACGCGGAAGCCGGUCAGAAGGAAAAAUGCCUCCUUCGAUAGAGAUAGCUGUUCUGCUCCUCGGCGUCCUGGCUUUGGAGACGCGCCGGAGUGCCAGCGCGCUGCACAUCCAACAGGCAUUCGCGUCUCCAAAUCACACCAAUAACUUCGUGGUGGACCCGGUGUCCAGAAAGGUGUACCUGGCCACCGUUAACUCCAUCUACCAGCUGAACGGGACCUUGAGCGUCGAGGUGGAGAAGAGGACCGGGCCGGUGGAGGACAACCUGUUGUGCCAUGCGCCACAGCUGCCCCAGGCUCCGUGCGAGCAUCCCAAAUCCCUCACUGACAACUACAACAAGCUCCUGAAGCUGGACCGAGAGCAAGGGGUCGUGGUGGUGUGUGGCUCCGUGUACCAGGGCUUCUGUGAGCUCAGGAGAAUGGGGAAUAUUUCGGAGAUAGCGGUGGAGUUCCCACCUCAGGGCGAGAAGACUGUGUUCCCCAGCAUGCUCAACAUCGCUGCCAAUCACCCGAACGCGUCCACGGUGGGGCUCAUCUUCAAGAGCCACGGAGGGAACACCCGGCUGCUCGUUGGGGCCACAUACACAGGGGCUGGUACCCAGUUUUUCCCCAAGAACCACAGCAAGGAGGACCUGCGCUUUGAAAACACCCCGGAGAUCGCCAUCCGCUCCUUGAACAUCAAGGAUUUAUCCCGACUCUUCACCUAUGACAUUAACCCCUCAGAGGAUAAUGUGUUCAAGAUCAAACAAGAGGUUAAAACCAAAAACAAGCUGAACUUCGUCCACGCGUUCAUGCAGAAGACUUACUCCUACAUCGCCUUUAAUAAUGACGCGAAAAUGGGCCACAAGGAGAGCCAGCCCAACAGCAUCCUCGCCAGGAUCUGUCUGGAUACAGAGAACCCCAGAAAGCCCAGCGGGCCGGAGAGCAGGAAGCUCACCGAGUCCUACAUCCAGAUGCCGCUGCAGUGUGGAUUUAACGGGAACAUUUACAACCGGCUGCUCUCCCUUUACCCCGCGGAGAUCCACACGGAGGAUGGGCAGGGGUCAGAGCCAUACCUGUUUGGAGUGUUUUCCAAGCCGGACAGAAAGUCUGCUCUGUGCGCCUUUAAGUUCAGAGACAUCGAGGAGGAGAUCCGACAAGGCCGCAGGAACUGCUCCAACUCCCCCAGCAGCGACGUGCAGGUGCUGGACAGCGUUAUCCAGGGCUCCGGGGCAGCCUGCAUCCAGAAGGGAAACCUGGUGUUGCAGCCCGAGCAGCUGGACUGUGGCGCGGCCCACCUACAGCACCCUCUGGCCCUACGGAGGUCCCUGAGGGCCAUUCCUCUGGUUGAAUACACAGGUCUGACUUCAGUGUCUGUGGACAAUGUGCACAAGCACACUGUGGUUUUUCUGGGAACCAGCACUGGACGACUUCGUAAGCUGACCCUCUUGGCGAACAUGACCUUGGCCAAUCAGUGGACGCUGAAGCUGCCUGCGAGCGAAGCCGUCCACCACAUCAUGACCUUCGACCCCAACGACAGCAGCUUCCUUUAUCUCAUGACCUCUCACCAUAUGCUCAGGGUGAAAGUGGCAGACUGCGACCAGUGGAGGAGCUGCGGUGACUGUUUGGGAGCAGGCGACGCCCACUGUGGCUGGUGCACGCUGGAGAAUCGAUGCACCAUCCAGAAGGAGUGUGCGCAGGGGCUGCUGGCACGCUCCUGGAUCAGCAUGGGCGAAGGCCCGCAGCAGUGUCCGACCAUAACUCUGACACCUCCGGAGAUCAGCAUCGCUGCGGACAUCAAGGAUGUCGGCAUUCUGAUAAAUGGCAGUGUUCCUGAUCUGGUCAGCUCCCAGGUGGAGUGCGAAUAUGGGCCGGGUGUUUCUACAGCUGCCACGGCACACCUGGAUUACGGUCCGGCUCAGAUCCAGACCUGUCCUCUCCUCCCUCGUGAAAACUACCAACCGAUCCUCCCCGGCACAGAUCAUCUGACUGUUACUGUGGCGAUAAAAGUGAAUGGCACAUCUGUGGUAUCUGGGAGCUUCAUCAUCUACGACUGCGAGAGGACUGGAGCAAUACACCCCAAGACGUCAUGUGUGAGCUGCCUGAGCACAAGGUGGAAGUGCUACUGGGACCCUGACAACCACCUGUGUGUCUCCAGUAAAGAUGAGCCAAAGCACAACCUGCUAGAGAGUGCGGCUUCCUGUCCCAGCCUGAUUGCCUCAGAGGUUCCACCGUCACCAUCCGAGAUGGCCCAGGACUUCACCUUAUCCCUCAGCAACAUCCAGGAGGGGGAGGCCCUGGAGUGUGACUUCGGGACGGAGCAGCGAUAUGAGGCCACAUGGUUGAACAGCUCGACUGUCAAGUGCAGUGGAGUAACACUGUCCACUAAUCAGAGGAGCCAGAUUUACCACCUCAACCUGAGGAGGAGAGGAUUCUUUGGUAGACAGAGGGAGGAUGUGUUUGUGGACAGCCCUCAGCCCAUGAGAGUGGAGGUGUACAACUGUGGAGUGGGCAGCUCGGACUGCUCCCAGUGCUGGGGCCGAGAGGAUCAGGGACACCUCUGCGGCUGGUGUGACAACAGCUGUAAGCCGAGAGACGACUGCCAGCCAAUCAUGGAUCAAUGUCCAGCUCCUGAGAUCCACAAGAUCUUCCCCCUGAGGGGUCCAGUGGAAGGAGGCACCCUGCUGACAGUACAGGGCAGGAACCUGGGCCGGAGGGCUGGAGCUGUGAAGGUGUCCAUCGGAGAUGUGCCGUGCAUUCUCCAGCCGGAGCUCUACACUGUCUCUGUAGAGCUGGUGUGUGUCACAGGGCACUCUGCACAUGACAGGGCUGAUAUUGUCCAAGUGGAUGUGGAUCAUGGAAUGGGGACGUCGAAGGAGAGCUUCUCAUACUUAGUCCCAAAGCUGCUGUCUAUGGAGCCGACGAAGGGCUCUCGUGCUGGAGGGACUGUGGUCGUCAUCAGGGGGGAACACCUGGACAUUGGCUCUCAGGUCAGAGUCGUGGUCAACAACACGCUGGAGUGUACCAUCAUAGAGAAAACAGAUGAAACCAUUGAGUGCACCAUGCCUCCAGCACUGCAGGCACACACAGACCCAGUGGCAGUGUGUGUGGAGUUUGAAAACCUUCCCUGUCAAAAUCCAGAGCUUAGCACCACCUACACCUACGAGAAGAACCCCAUCAUCAGCUUCAUCCACCCCACAAAGAGCUACCUCAGUGGUGGCAGGACCAUCACAGUGACAGGACAGGGUUUUGAUCUGGUGCAGAGCGUCACCAUGGAGGUCCUGGACAUUGGAGAAAAACGUUGCACAGUGGUCUCCCCCUUCACCAUCACCUGCCCAUCCCCGCCGUCCAGCCAGUCCCAGCAGACCUCAGUGCAGUUCAUCCUGAAUGGACUCCUCUACACAGGUGACAGCCCCUCCACUUUUGAUAGCGAGGGAGAGGAAGAGGAGGGGGAGCCUCAGAAAAGUCACUUCCUGUUGGAAUAUGUGGAGGACCCUCAGUUUUUCACCGCCAACAAGGAGAAGCUGAUAAAACACCACCCAGGAGAGCCGCUGACGCUCAUCAUCACGAAAGGGCCGAGCGAUCUGGAGCUGGUGCCGGAGGAAUACUCGGUGAUGAUUGGCUCCUAUCCCUGUAACAUCAGCUUCCACAACGACCAGCUGUUCCACUGCACCAUCAACGGACUGCUGGGCACCAGCGAGAGAGAGCUGCCGGUCACAGUGCAAGUGGGGAACUUUCGUCACACCAUCGCCAAAGUUCAGCUGGGCGGCAGCGAGCUGGCCAUCGUGGUAUCCAUUGUGGUGUGCUGCGUGCUGCUGCUGCUGUGCACUGUGGCUCUUGUAGUGUACUGCACAAAGAGCCGAAGGGCGGAACGCUACUGGCAGAAAACUCUGCUCCAAAUGGAGGAGAUGGAGUCCCAGAUCAGAGAGGAGAUCCGUAAAGGUUUUGCAGAGCUGCAGACGGACAUGACAGACCUGACCAAGGAGCUGAAUCGCAGCCAGGGCAUCCCCUUUUUGGAGUACAAACAGUUUGUCACACGCACGUUCUUCCCCAAGAUGUGCUCCGACUACGAGAUGAGUCUGGUCCAACCCGCCUACGAGAACGAUGGCCUGGGCCCUCGAGCACUGCCAGAGACCCACCCGCUGCUGCAGGACUGGCAGGCCAACAACACAACAAGGCCCAACGUGGAGGAGGGCAUCACUCUGUUCUCCACUCUCCUCAAUAACAAGCACUUCCUCAUCACGUUUGUCCACGCCUUGGAGCAGCAGAAGGACUUUGCUGUACGAGACAGAUGCAGCCUUGCGUCUCUGCUCACCAUCGCCCUCCAUGGUAAACUGGAGUACUACACCAGCAUCAUGAAGGAUCUGCUGGUGGACCUGAUCGAUGCCUCAGCCUCUAAGAAUCCCAAACUGAUGCUGCGCCGCACUGAGUCCGUGGUGGAGAAGAUGCUGACCAACUGGAUGUCCAUCUGCAUGUACAGCUACCUCAAGGAAACAGUGGGUGAGCCUUUCUUCCUGCUGCUGUGUGCAAUCAAGCAGCAGAUCAACAAGGGCUCCAUAGACGCCAUCACAGGGAAGGCCCGCUACACCCUCAACGAGGAGUGGCUGCUGCGCGAGAACAUUGAGGCCAAGCCACAGAACAUCAACGUGUCCUUCCAGGGCUGUGGCAUGGACUCGCUGCCUGUCAGGGUCAUGAACACAGACACAAUCUGCCAGGUGAAGGAAAAAAUCCUAGAAGCCUUUUAUAAAAACCUGCCAUUCUCCCAGUGGCCCCGAGCAGAGGAUGUAGACCUGGAGUGGUUUGACUCCGGCAGCAACAGUAAGCUUCUGCAGGACCUGGAUAACUCCUCAGUGAUGGAAGAUGGCAGGAAGAAGCUCAACACUGUCUUCCAUUACCAGAUCCCAGAGGGGGCAUCACUGGCCAUGAGCUUGAAAGACAAGAGAGAGAACACCCUGGGGAGAGUUAAAGAUCUGGAUACGGAGAAGUAUGUGCACUUGGUCCUACCUCAUGAUGAGCUAAUGGAGACCAAGAGGUCACACAGGCAGAGUCACCGCAAGAAGGUCCUGCCUGAAAUCUACCUGACACGCCUGCUGUCAACCAAGGGAACUCUUCAGAAGUUUUUGGAUGACCUCUUUCAAGCCAUCCUCAGCAUCCCUCCGGACCGCCCCCCUCUGGCUGUCAAAUACUUCUUUGACUUCCUGGAGGAGCAGGCCGACAAACGGGGCAUCACAGACCCAGACACCCUGCACAUCUGGAAAACCAACAGUUUACCUCUGCGUUUCUGGGUGAACAUCCUGAAGAAUCCUCAGUUUGUGUUUGACAUUGAUAAGACGGAUCACAUGGACGCCUGUCUGUCUGUCAUUGCCCAGGCCUUUAUAGAUGCCUGCUCCAUUUCUGACCUGCAGCUUGGAAAGGACUCCCCUACCAACAAGCUGCUGUAUGCCAAGGAGAUCCCUGAGUAUAAGAAGAGAGUGCAAUGCUACUACCAGCAAAUACAGGAAAUGGCACCUCUGAGCGAGCAGGAGAUGAACGCUCACCUCGCCGAGGAGUCACGCAAAUACCGAAAUGAAUUCAACACCAACCUGGCCUUGACAGAAAUCUACAAAUAUGCCAAGAGAUACAGAAACCAGGUGGUGAACGCUCUGGAGUCUAAUCCCACCGCACGUCGCACUCAGCUGCACCACAAGUUCGAGCAGGUCAUUGCCCUUGUGGAGGACAACAUCUACGAGUGCUGCAGCGAAGCCUGAACCUGCCAGUGUCUUUUCUACUAGCCAUCUCUUUCUCCUGCUGACAGCUGCCUUUCUUCUGCCUACAAUAUUACUGGGGAAUGUGGACCAUGAAGGAGUUAGCCUUCAUUAGUGUCACAAUUAUUCCCACAGACUAUAAGAAACGUGGAAAGUGGCAGAGGACUCAAACCUGCCUCUCAAGCGUCAAACAUUUGCAGGGUGUUUCUCAUAUAAUCUGGGAAUGCCGAGCAAUUUUCCCAAAUCUUUCUCCAUGACAGACAGAAUUCCAGUCUGGCUCAGCUAUGCUUUAGAGGAAAGGUGUAGUAGUGGCUUGGAGAUAAGACAUUUUCUGGAUGUCUUUACAGUUACUGGGACCUACAGUAAGCCCUGGUGGCGAUCUUAACGCACUGAACCCUUUUCUUUAGGGAACGAGCCAAUGAUGCACUGUACUGUAUUAUAAUGUCCAUAGCAAUAUUUAUAGAUGUGUUAUAAUGCUUUCAAGUGGCCUGUUCAUCAGGAUGAGUAAGACGGACCGCGAUGAACUCCUCCCAUCUCCUAAAGCCUGCAACGUUCUCAGGUGUGAUGGGUAAAGAUGGGCGAACCGCUCCCAUCGGUGCUUUGAACAAUACGUCCCAAUGUGCUUUGCAGGUUGAUGAUGGGUUGAGGAAGAGUGGAGAGAGGAAUAUUAAUGACUGAAAUUUAUGAGAUCAGAUGUAAUGUAGUUCACUGGGAAGAGCUGCAUCAGUGUAGAAGUGUUGAUCAGUGUGCUUGUUAAACGAAUGAAUUUCAUGUUGGAUUCUGACCAAUUUAAAAGAGGGAAAUUUACAUUUAUGAGAAAAAAAAUGUGAGCUCAAUAUAAGGAGAGACUGUAUUUGUGAUGCCAAAUGACUUGUCAGAGUUUGUGAAAUAAAUUACAGUAUUUAGGAUUUUAA